GCCCGGGGCCGCCCCGCCCGCCCGGGACACCGGCGCUGCUGGCGGGGCCGCAGAGGCGCUGCCCGCCCGCCUCGCCCGCUCCGCUCCCGCCGCGCCCGCUCGGUCCGCGGGUCACGUCCUCGGCGGCGGCCGCCAGCGGGGCCGGCCCCGGCCACCGCCCGCCCGGGACGGUUUGCCCGCCGUCGGGGCGGAAAAUGAACCCCGCGGCCGCGGCCCCGCCGCCGGGACAGCAGGUGAUCCACGUCACGCAGGACCUGGACACGGAGCUGGAGGCGCUGUUCAACGCGGUGAUGAACCCCAGGCCCAGCUCCUGGCGGAAGAAGAUCCUGCCCGAGUCCUUCUUCAGGGAGCCCGACUCGGGCUCGCACUCGCGGCAGUCGAGCACGGACUCGGGCGGGCCCCCGCCGCGCCCCGCGCCCGCUCACGUCCGCUCGCACUCGUCGCCCGCGUCGCUGCCCGGCGCGGUCCCGGCGCCGCAGCACGGGCACCUCCGGCAGCGCUCCUGCGACGUGACGGACGAGCGGCCGCUGCCGCCGGGCUGGGAGAUGGCGCUCACGCAGACCGGGCAGCGCUACUUCCUCAAUCACAUAGAAAAAAUUACAACAUGGCAAGAUCCUCGAAAGCCUGUGAACCAGCCGCUGAAUCACGUUAGCCAUCAUCCUGCAGCCACGGCCACACGAGUGCCACAGAGGCCCAUGGCAGUGUCUCAGCCAAAUCUCAUGAACAGCGCGGUGCCGCUGCCCCCCAGCCCAGCCCUGCCGCCGCAGAGCCGCCCCCCGCAGCCCCCUGCCCUGCUGGCCCUGCCCGGCACGCUGACCACGCAGCAGCAGCAGCAGCAGAAGCUGAGGCUCCAGAGGAUCCAGAUGGAGAGGGAGCGAAUUCGGAUGCGUCAGGAGGAGUUACUGCGACAGGAAGCUGCUCUAUGCAGACAACUUCCUAUGGACUCGGAAAACAUGGUCCCAGUUCAGACAGCUGUGAACACCCCUGCCAUGACACAGGACAUGAGGCCUAUUACAAAUAAUGGAUCUGAUCCUUUCUUGAACAGUGGGCCAUACCAUUCCAGGGAACAGAGUUCGGACAGUGGCUUGGGAUUAGGAUGCUACAGUAUACCAACAACACCUGAAGAUUUCCUCAGCAACGUAGAUGAGAUGGAUACAGGAGAAACUAUACCACAGACAACAAUGAACAUAAAUCCACAACAAACACGUUUCCCUGAUUUCCUCGACUGUCUUCCAGGAACAAAUGUUGAUCUUGGGACUCUAGAGUCAGAAGACUUGAUCCCUAUUCUCAAUGAUGUGGAGUCAGUACUCAACAAAAAUGAGCCCUUCCUUACCUGGCUGUAAUCAGGCAAUGCUGAUUGGGCCUACAAUGCAAUUCACAUUUCUUAUUCCUCUUGAGAUAGAAGCAGAAUAUCUGAAAAUCCUCAAGAGAUACAACGUACUGCCUUAAUGAGUUUUGCUACGUCGUCUUUAUGAUCAGUUUAAUCUCUGCCUGGAUUUGAUUGAUAACAAUUUAAAUAUAAAAUACAUAUUUUAUAUAUACACACACACAUAUACAUAUAUAUACAUAUAUGCAUAUAUAUUUCUUUUUAAAAAGCACACUACUUUAGACAUCUGUGUACUUCUUUACCUUUUCAGACCAGGCAGUAACGUUUCACUUUAAGGACAGAAAGUGGCUGAUGUUUGUGCAUGUCCGUGACUGAUCUCCUGGGUAUUGACUGACAUCACAGACCCUUUGUGAACCACAAAAGCUAACUGCUAGGUCAGUUGGUUCAGAAAACAUGCACAGCAUCAGGCCAGGAGAGCAGUUUUAUUACUGUGUUUAUGACAAUAGUAUCAGAAACUUUUUUAAAUCAACUUACUUAAGCCUUAAAAAUCUUUUUUUAUUAGAUCUUAGUAACUAACUGUGCUGUAUGGAAUACAGAUUAAAUCUGAUCCAUAUGAGCCAUAGUAAUUAUCAUUUUAUAUUUAUAAAGGCACAAACAAUACUAUAGCAGUUUCUUUUUUUCAGUAUAUUACUGUAUAGUUUUCAGAAAAUAAAUACUUCCAAUCUGAAAGUACCAGAAUUGUUUAGCAACGUUUUUACACUAAAAUAUUGUUGCAAAAUAAACCAGGCUGGUACUGACUGCUGCCUUUUAACAACAAAGCAAUGUAUUAUAAACAAGCAUUUAAAAAAAAUCCUUAGAUUUUUAUGUUUAUUAUAUUAAGCACUACAAUUUUGUAACUUAGCACAUGAACAAACAAUUUUUUAUAUAUAUAUAAAAUCUGUGGCAAAUAUCUUAAGUGAAAAAUAUUCUUUUAAAGUCAGGUCUGGAAAAUGUGGCACAACUCGUUAAUGUUAUACAUAGUGGGAAAAACCCCUUCCUCAUACUGUUUUCAGUAAUGUUUUUAACUGACAAUGUCAAAAUACAUGUAGUUGUAUACAUGAAAAAAUGCAGUAACUUUAUCAGGGUACUGCUGAAGCAGCAUUGGGACGUGCCUGGUAAAGCUGCUUAGUUCUUGUGUCUUUCAUUACUGUAAUUGGUGCACAGGACACGAGGCAGUGCUCUGUGUUUCUACCUAUUAUGUAGCCUACAAACACCUCCUUACCAGAGGUUUGGGACUGAGAAGGCAUCAAGGACAUUAAGCUUGCAGUUCCCCUGAAAUGCAAAUGAAGUCCUGAAAAUUCUUAAAUAUUUUGAAAUUGUUUUAUUUAUAAUCUAUGAAUUUACAUUUUUUUAUAUGGAAAAAUAGAUUUGUUUAUGAAAGGCAUUAAAACUUUUCUCUAAGCUUAACCCAGGCUAUAUAAAGAGAAGAGAUGUAGCACUAAGUGUAAAUGUGUGUUUACCACGUCUGAUAACACUUAACAAGAUCUUACUGAUGCGCCAGAAUAUUGAUCACUAAAGACUUUUUUCCAUCUGGUUGGGUGAAGGUAGGUGAAAAGGGCAGAGAUGAAGUGGUGGUAAUACAGAGUAGGUUUGGAAGACAAAUGAUGAGGUAAAAAAUGUAAAUCCUUGCUGGGAAGGGUGGCUGCAGACAGGAACACAGCAAAUGGAUCUCUGGUGUUCAGUGAAAAACGUAACUGAAGCACUCAAUAAGCAACCCCGUCUGUGGUGAACUGCUGGGUGUACGUGGUGUCACAGGAUGGAAAAUAAAAAGCACACAUAUUGACAUUUUAGAAAAAAGAUGGAAGGCAAAGACCUACAGUUGUGAAGUUUUAUUACAUAGGGAAAAGUAGCUUUUUAAAAUGUUUUUGGUUGGGUUUGGGUUUUUUUAAAUAGAAAAAGAGAUGUUACAGCAGGGUUGUGUCUGCACAGAAUUUAAUUACUGAAUGGGCAUUGCAUUUCUUUUACUCUUUUGGAGGAGCUAUUACUUGGGGGGGCAUGUUAAUUAUUUUUACUAGUGCUAACUUUUGAGAUAGCACAACAUUUCUUUCCAACAAACAGGGGACCGGGCAGGGCUGACCAGUAUUACUGUAAUUAGGUUGAAUCUCUCUCUUUUAAGGAUUUCUUCAGGUUGUCAGCCUAAAUGAAAAACAGAUGAUCCUAGGCUUUGUUCUUUAGUGCCAUGACUGGUGUUGGUAAAGAAUUGGAGGUCUUUUGGCCAACGUGCAAGGCCAGGUUGCCAGCACUGCUCAGUUGGUGGGAGAAGCUGAUGCUGUCACUGCUGGAAGGACCCGCAGCAGCUCCAGGUCUGAGUGCUGGUGUGAUCCAGAGGAUAGUGCUCAUCAGCAGAUUAUGGGUAGAGAAUGCAGUUUGUUCAUUUGCUAGCAAGUCUGCACCAUUGAACGUGUGAGUUUGUCAGAAUAAAAGCUAUUCCAAGCUGGUUGGCUCUGGGCUGCUGGGAAUGCUGAUUCCUGCCUGGCCCCACUCACUGUUGUCAGCCGAAGGCUGUACUUCCUACAGGGAAGACUGAUGCAGCUUUCUAGUGAAGUCAGAUCAGAUAUUUACCAGAAUUGUGAACCUGCAAGCUUGAUUCCUUUUCAUUGGUGUUUCUGGUGGUUGAGUGUCUUGGUGCAAAGACCUUAAAAUGGUAAAGCAAUCAUAAACUGUGUUUCCAUGUUACUUCCAUAAAAAACCAGCAGCAGAUCUGAAACAGGAGGGUGCUGUGCAGAACAACACUUCAGGGUGAAACAGCUGCCAGAAUCUUAGGUCAGAUCUUUACUCAAUCAUGAAGCAAAUUGUGCUUAAGUUAAAAGUGAUUCUUUAUGCUGUCAGCUUCUAAUUUUUGUAAUUGAGAGGGUGUAUCAGGUGAAGUGUAGCAACAACAAAAUAUGUUUUUCAAUGUUCUCUUUUUUAAAAAGAUUUUGGCUUUAAACAGGGUUGUGGCAGAACUUUUCAGUAUUCAAAGCAUGUGUAAUAUGAAAAUAAAUUUAUUGCUGACAAUAUUUCACUGUGUUAUUUGAGAUUUUGAACAUUUACUGUACUAAAUGUACACUGUCUAUUUGUAGUAUAAAUACAACCAGUGUGCCAACUGGACAGUUUUGCCGUGACCAUCCCUGAGGGUGGCAUACGUAAGUCUUGGUGAUACUGAAGUUAUGGGAUGUUGUUAAUUACAGUUUGUAUUCUGGUAAUACUGUUAGAAUGUAACUUGGGGAGGGAUUGGAUCUGACUUUUUGACAAAUGCUGUUUGGGGGAAGGGAAGGAUUUAAAUGUCUAUUUUAAUUACAGAAAAAUGUGGGUGGGUGUUCAAAUAAACUUGUUUCCUAAUAUAUACAUCCACAUACAUGCUAGUUCUUUAACUAUUUUAUUUACUUUUUUAAUUUUGUUAUAUGACAUGUGUGAGCAUUUGUUUAUAAUAUUUAGUAACUUGCAAUAGAUUGUAUGUAUCAAAAGCAAUGAGAUCAAACAAUCAGAUCAAACUGUAGUAUCCAGGGUUUGAUUCUGGGAUUUUUUUUUUUAAAUUAUUUCUUUGAUCUUGUACAUGAAAAACAAAUACAAAUGAACUUGAAAGAUUUUUGGAUGCAUAUUGGUUUUUUAAAUGUUUUGUUUUGUUUUGCUGGGUUUUAGUUUUUUGGCAGGUUUUAGUAUGUGCUUCCCAGGGAACUGUACAACACUGCUUGGAAUAAAGGUGCAGACAUACAAAUCUGUGAAAAAGGCAUAAAUGUUGAAUAAAAGUAUUAGUACUUAGCAAGUCAAA